AUGCCCAAGGCUCCGAUUACACUGCAAAACGGUCGUUGGCAUCCAUAUUUCCGCAAUGGCUGGAAAUCCACCUACAUCUGUCCUUUGACUGGGGCCACUGCGCUGUUCACGACAUCAUUGCAAAUUCUCGGUUUAGCAUUGGACACUGUUACUCUUAUUGCGUUUGGAGAACUCGGCCGUCAGUGCACUCGUCGUAGUGAUGGACGGAGGGUACAAACUGCCGUCCUCUGGGGCUUCGUGCUGAUUGGUGUAUCAGCAGUAUGGCUGCUUGUUGCAUUUCUGAUAUAUUUUUUCCUGCCUCAACACAGGCAUGAGUUGCUCUCGUUCUCGUCCCUUUACCUUGGCAGUGUUAUAAAACUGUCUCUCAUUUUUGCCUGUGCCUUUGUCUCGGCUUCUUGUCUUUGGGCAGCCAAAGCAAAAUCGAGCCAAAAUCUUCAGGAUGCUGUAGCUGAAUAUCAGCGACGAUACAAGCACCCCCCACCGCCGGGUUUUGAUCUAUGGUAUAAGUAUGCCACUGAAAGGUCUUCCGUAGUGAUUGAUGAUUACGACCAAAUCUACGAAGACCUUCUUCCUUUCCGCGCAUUAAGCCCCCGAACUCUACGUGAGUUAACUUACGCCUUGGCAGCCGAUCAUUCAAAUGAUGUGGCUACUGUGAGCAUUCGUGGCGGAACUACGCAAAUACAAGAAGAUAUUCUACCCACACACAGAUGGAUGAUCGAAGGGGUGGCGAAAAUGAUUGGGGCAGUCUCUCAACACCUGCCUGACAUGGACAUAGCUUUCAAUUUGAAUGACGAAUGUCGAGUCGCUGUUCCCUGGGGAGAUAUCACUGCUCUCCACAAUUCUGCAAAAAGUCACAUCCACCGAAGUACUGGUAAUUUUACUGGUUCCUGGUCCGAGAAUCGUGCCUCAACUUGGGGACCCAGCGAACCGGCAAAGGUGACUCAUGGUCUUUUUACAGACACCUCUUUCCAGCAGGUAUACGAUCUUGUUGGACGCUCUGUCUGCCCUCCUUCAUCGAAAGCGGGGACGUCGUUCGUGUGGGACAGGCGAAAAAUUUGCUUGGACUGCACCAGCCCACAUUCCCUUGAGCAGUUCUUAAGUAACUGGACCCUAGCGUCUGAUAUUUGCCACCAGCCCGACCUGGCCUCCCUGAGCGGUUUUUAUCUAUCCCCAUCUGCUUUUAAAGUGUCCCGACCACUCUUACCAGUGUUCAGCCAGAGUAAAAAUAUCCGGAUUUAA